AUGGCGUCCGAUUCGGGGCCGCAGACUCCCAGCUCCAAAGGGAUCAUGACCUUUCACCCCACUGCUGAGGAGUUUCAGAACUUCAGCCGCUAUAUCGCAUACAUGGAGUCCCAGGGAGCACACAAAGCUGGUCUGGCUAAAGUAAGCAACGACACAACCCCUUCUGCCUUGUGAAGAUUCUUUUCUGAUUUGUAUUACCUAUACCUGCUUUCAGAACUGUAACUUUGUGGUACUAAAAUGUUAUGUUUUUAUAGAUCGUGCCACCGAAGGAUUGGAAACCCAGGAAGUCCUAUGACGAUAUAGAUGACUUGGUGAUCCCAGCUCCCAUCCAGCAGGUCGUGACGGGCCAGUCAGGUCUGUUCACCCAGUACAACAUCCAGAAGAAGCCCAUGACCGUCCGAGAGUUCCGCAAGACGACCAACAGCGACAAGUGAGUCUGACUGCACCAACACUGUAACAUCUGUAACAUACUAAACAUAGUGUAUGAAUAAGCAAUUCUGUAUGUUUCCUCUUGUAUGAAGACUUUGUGAAUUGGUCUGUGAUUGGGAAAGCCACUCUGUGGACAUGCUAUAUGAUUGAGGAAAUUAUACAGCUACAAAAGUUAAUAACAUGGUUGAAAGUUGGGGUUUGUAUGAUCAUGUAAGUAUUAUUAAUUAUUGUUUCUCUAGAUUUUGACAGGCUGUGGCUUUACAGGCACUCAUUAAAAAACUUGAUCAUUUCUAAUCAGCAGUACCGAUUGGCCCUGUUUAUUUUUUCCCCAUCAUAGGUUCUGCAGUCCUCGCUAUGCCGACUUUGAGGAGCUGGAGAGGAAGUACUGGAAGAACGUGACCUUUAACCCGCCCAUCUACGGGGCCGAUGUGAACGGAACACUCUAUGACCCUGUGAGUAAUAACGAAUCCCCUCUGGGUUGUUUUUAAUAUUCUAUGGUGUUUACAAUGUUGACAUGUUGUUAUUGUUCCUAGUUAUAAGGAUGUUGGCUGAUGAGAGUGAGGUGUUUUGUGGUUGUGUAGACGGACGGUUGUGUAGAUUACUUGUAAGUGUUUCUCUCAGUCAUGUGUUGCACCCACAAUUUUAAUUCACAACAAAUCUACAAGGCUGCAAUGGUUUUGUUUCAAUGCAUCGAUGAUGAUAAUAAAUCUCCAGCGACAAUAGUUACAUUAUUCUAUCUUUCUCUCCAGGAUGUGACAGAUUGGAACAUCGGCAAACUGAACACCAUCCUGGACACGGUGGAGCACGAGAGUGGUAUAACCAUCGAGGGGGUGAACACGCCCUACCUGUACUUUGGCAUGUGGAAGACCACCUUCGCCUGGCACACCGAGGACAUGGACCUCUACAGCAUCAACUACCUCCACUUUGGAGCGCCCAAGUCCUGGUAACUAACUACACUAUUACUCACAUAAUAGAUUUACCGGUAGUUGUGUGUGUGUGUAUAAGAGCCAUGUUAUUAAGCAUCGACAUACUGAUGAUGGUAAUGGGAGUGCAGUUUGGGGACUCUUUGUCAUUAUCGGAACAACACUCAACAAGUAAAAUAAAUGGCAACUAUUGUAAUGUCUCUGUUAUAACAGGUGAUAACUGAUUAUUGACAGUCUGAUAUCCUCACAGGUACUGUGUUCCUCCAGAGCAUGGGAAAAGAAUGGAGCGCUUGGCUCAAGGUGAGAGGCAUGAUCAUGUGUGAAGUUUGAGGCUGUUAGAACAACUGAUUUUUAACAAGCAUUAAUCCAAUGCACUGUUUUCUGCUGUUCCCUUGCAGGGUUUUUCCCUGGAAGCCACCAAAAUUGCGAAGCCUUCCUGAGGCACAAGAUGACCCUCAUCUCUCCCUCCAUAUUGAGGAAAUAUGGCAUUCCAUUUGAGAAAGUAAUACUAGCCUAAUACAAUGUGUGAUGUCAUAAACUCUUAUGCUGAUAUAUAAAGCUUUACACAGGGUAUAGUAUAUCAUUGCUAUUUCCUAUUUGUUUUCCAGAUCACUCAGGAGCCGGGUGAGUUCAUGGUGACGUUUCCCUAUAGCUACCACGCCGGAUUUAACCAUGGCUAUAACUGUGCAGAGUCCACCAACUUUGCAACUGAAAGAUGGAUUGAGUAUGGAAAGCAAGCCAUACUGGUAAGGAUAAAAAAAAUUUUUUAAUGUAUUUCAGUGUUCCUCCUUUAAAGGUGCUAUACAUAGGAUUUUUUUUAGGUUUUGCAUUUUAAUUUCAGAACAUUUAAAUUAUAUCUGCAGUAAUAGUGUGACGAUAGUGUUUCACAGUAUUACUUACCCGCCAGUGUUGUGAUUGGCUGUGAUAUUCGCCUAUUGAUUUCUCCCGCUGGGCCGGUUUAUUUUAUAAAAAUGGGAAAGCUGUGGCUGUGUUAUCUAGUGGAAACCAGGGCAAGCGGCCAAUGUAGAAAUAGCUCUGUCAUUUCCUGGUUGCAAAAAUUCUACACUGUUCACUCAAGUUCAAUGUAUGUGAGAAAACAAGCACUGAAUAGUGUAGAGAAUCAAUGUUAAAUAUCUUUUCAAUAACCAAAAAUAUACACUGAACAAAAAUAUAAACUCAACAUGCAACAAUUUCAAAGAUUUUAAACAGUUACAGUUCUUAUAAGGAAAUCAGUCAGUUGAAAUCAAUUCAUUAGGCCCUAAUCUAUGCAUUUCACAUGACUGGGAAUACAGAUAUGCAUAUGUUGGUCACAGAUACCUUAAAAAAAAAAAAGUAGGGGCCUGGAUCAGAAAUCUGGUGUGACCAGCAUUUGCCUCAGGCAGCGUGACACAUCUCCUUCGCAUAGAGCUGAUCAGGCUGUUGAUUGUGGCAUCUGGAAUGUUGUCCCACUCCUCUUCAAUGGCUGUGUGAAGUUGCUGGAUAUUGGUGGGAACUGGAACACUUUGUCAUACACGUCGAUCCAGAGCAUCCCAAACAUGCUCAUUGAGUGACAUGUCUGGUGAGUAUGCAGGCCAUGGAAGACCUGGGAAAUUUUCAGCUUCCAGGAAUUGUGUACAGAUCCUUGCGACAUGGGGCCGUGCAUUAUCAGGCUGAAACAUGAACUGAUGGCGGCGGAUGAAUGGCAUGACAAUGGGCCUCAGGAUCUUGUCACGGUAUCUCUGUGCAUUCAAAUUGCCAUCGAUAAAAUACAAUUGUGUUUGUUGUCCGUAGCUUAGUUUGUGCAGAAAUUAUUCGGUUGUGCAAACCCACAGUUUCAUCAGCUGUCCAGGUGGCUGGUCUCAGAUGGUUCCAUAGGUGAAGAAGCCGGAUGUGGAGGUCCUGGGCUGGCGUUGUUACACGUGGUCUGCGGUUGUGAGUCUAGCUGGACGUACUGCCAAAUUCUCUAAAACGACGUUGGAGGUGGCUUAUGGUAGAGAAAUGAACAUUACAUUCUCUGGCAACAGUUCUUGUGGACCUUUCUGCAGUCAGCAUGCCAAUGGCACGCUCCCUCAACAUUUGAGACAUCUGUGGUAUUGUGUUGUGACAAAACUGCACAUUUUAGAGUGUCCUUCUAUUGUCCCUAGCACAAGGUGCACCUGUGUAAUGGUCAUGCUGUUUAAUCAGCUUCUUGAUAUGCCACACCUGUCAGGUGGAUGGAUUAUCUUGGCAAAGGAGAAAUCCUCACUAACAGGGAUGUAAACAAAUUUGUGCACAGAAUUUGAGAGAAAUAAGCUUUUUGUGCAGAUGGUAAAUUUACGGGAUCUUUUAGUUCAGCUCAUGAAACAUGGGACCAACACUUUACAUGUUGCGUUUUAUAUUUUUGUUCAGUGUAGUUUUUACAGGUGUUUGAGGCUGGUGGACCAAAAGUAAAAGGCUCAAGCACGAGUCUCUGACAUGUUACUGGGAAAUGGGAUACAGGGGGAGGGGGAGGGGGGAUUUGUUUUGAAUGCAGCCUAGUGCUGUUGCAAUUCACCUACCUUCCACAUAGGGGACAAAUUCAGAGAUUCUAUGUGUAGCACCUUUAAACAACCUUGUACAUUAAUAUCAUUAUCAAGGGAUGCUAUAGUAGGAACAUUGUGGCAUAUAUAUGGUAAAUGAGGGAAACUGGGAAAAGACGGUCCUUUUAUCAUCAAUACUGUCUCAUAAAGCUCUAUCAGACUGACCUUAGUUUUACUUUAGUGGUUGUUUAACCUUCAUUCUUUGGGGGCAUGAUUACUUCCCUAGCACUUAUACUUCCUACCUCUUUCCUCCAGUGUUCGUGCAGGAAGGAUAUGGUGAAGAUCUCCAUGGACCUGUUUGUGAAGAAGUACCAGCCGGACCGCUACGAGCAGUGGCUGGCAGGGCAGGACACAGGGUCCAUUGACCACUCACAACCCACCCCAGAGGCCAAGGAGUUCCUAGAGGAGGAUCAGGGGAAGGACUGCAUCUCCCAUGAGCCCUGUGUGGAGGAGCUCAACACGGAGGGGGAGAGAAAGAGGUCAGAAGAGAUCUGUUAAUUUUUAUGUUGGUAGAGCAGAUUUUGUUUUGUUUUAUGGUAUAUGGAUUUAAAUUCCCAUUCUGAAAUGCUUGACAUGAAAAACUAUUAAACUUUGAUGUUUUGUGGCCCAUCAGCCCCACACAGAGGAUAGGGACCAAGAGGCACCGGGUGUGUCUGGAUGUACCUGACGAGGUGGUCCCUAAAGAUGAAGAAGAGGACGAGGAGUAUGGAAAGAAAGCCAGACUAGGCCUCUCCACUCAGGGCACGGGAGCAGAGGACUGCGAAGAUACAGGUAAUCUCACUGACAGUAAGGCUGUGCCUUUCUACCUCAUCACUUAUUUUCACAAUUUAAAACCUGUGCAAUUAUAUGAAACCUCUACACAGAUGAUGCAUGGUAUGAUACAUUAGUACAAAUCAGAGGUAACAUGAAAAAGUAUCAUGUCAGCGCCUUUGGAGGCUUGUGUUCAAAUCCCACCGCUGCCACCAAAUGUCAAAUUGUUUGAAUCUAGGCCUCUUUUGUGUUUGUAUUAGGGCUAUUCACCUGUAAAGGAAUUUCGCUGAGACUGUUAAAGUUAGUCCUUGUGCAUAGAGUUCUAUGGUUUGUUAAACUUUGAAAUCAAUGGUUUUUGUUUGGUAUACAUUUUAAAGUUAAAAAUCUGAGUAUUGUAGUAAAUAGAUCUGCAUCACUGAUUCACAGUGGGACUCUGAUACUUGGAAAUGAUAUCCCCAUUGCUUCUCCAUGUUUGUAUUUCAGUCACCUUGAGGGACCUCCCUAAUGUAAAGACAGACCCUAUGCAGGGCAACAGCAGCAGAAGCCCUGCUCCGCAAAAAGUCACAAUCCCCUCCACCAGCAAUCAUGCGGCAGCCAUUUUGGCUCAACCCCAGUCGCACAGAAACGGGCACCUUCCAGGAGUGGCUCCUCCAGCCAGGACCGGCGCCUCCACCCAUCCGAUCAGAAAGCUAGGGGUGGCCAGCCUGCUCUUUCAUAAGACCCAGAGCCCUAAGGAGGCCCUGCAGGUCCACAGCUACGCCCGCGAGAACCAGCAGCAGAUUCAUCACACCCACCUCCAUGUGCACAGUUACGCCAGGGAGCACCUGCCACGGCACCUCCAACCCCACCUGCAACUCAAGCCCAAGCCCCAGGCCCAAGUCAAGGCCGAGCAGCAGGAGUCCCAUGUCCCAUCUACCAAAGGAGAGCAGAACCAGGCCGAAGCACAGAGUCCCUGUAAGGGAGAACAGGUUGAAACCAAAGUCCAGACCCAAGGCCUCGAUAAGUGGCGGCAGCAUCCUGGCGAGGCCCAGGCUUGGGAGGAGAGGUCCGAAGCCAGAUCCCCUAGCAGUCCAGAGCCCGUUCAGACCCAAGCACACAACAGGGCAGCCAAAAGGGUUGAGGCGGAGGUCCGAAGGGACAGGCGGAAGGUUUGUUUGCCCUCUUUCAUGGCGUUAUCUUUAGCAGUUAUUACUGUUUGGUUAUAAGUUUGUAGUGUAGUUUGUGAUGAUAGUAGAGACUGAUAUUAGAGGUGAAUAUGUUAAAAAUGAAAAUGUGACAUUGAUGUUUCCACACUUGCCAUACAGUAGAAAAUGCCAUUAGAUGUGGAAACGACACGAGCCAGCUGAUGGUUACUCAUCCUCUUCCUUCCUCUUUCUCUCUUUCCACAGCAAUGUCUUUCCCCUGUGCAGGCGGAGUUAACUUUAAUGAAGCAGACAAACUUAUGUCCAAAUAAGCCAACAAUCUUACGUCCAAGUAAGCUGACAAACUUAAGUCCAAGUAAGCAGACGGACUCAAGUCAGAGUAAGCAGACGCAGUCAAGUUCAAGUAAGCAGACGGAAUGCAAGAGUAAACCGCAUCCUCUCCUCCGCAAGCUGCCCAAACAGCACCCACUACUCAGGACCAGGGAAAGCUCCAGUGAUGACGGUGAGUACCUGGUUGUAGUGCCGUCAUGGACUUUUAUAACAAGCAACCAUUUGCGAGGCUCGACAUUCACUAGGGGACAAGUAAAAAAAAAAAAAAAUGUUGGACAAGAAGAUUUAAGUUGUCCGAAUGGACAAGUAAAAAAAUUCACACAUCACAAUAUCAAACAAUUACUCCAAUCAGAAUUGGAUCAGUGAGACCAACAUUUAAAUAAUAUUCAAAUCUGUUUUUCAUAUACAUAAUAAAAAAGCCUACAUGUCAAAGUGUAGGUGAUGCGUAUUGUCGACAGCCUCAUCCAAACCGAUGCUGACAUGAGGGAGGUGCCAUAAAAUGUAGCCAAACUUUAAUAAGACUUUUAAUGACAGAAAUAUAGGCUAAAGGUCAGUCAUGUUUGACAAAUAUAAUGAAGGAUACUUAAUGUUAUCCACAAGCUUGAUUCUGACGACAUACAGUGCAUUUGGAAAGUAUUCAGACUUAACUUUUUCCACAUUUUGUUACAUUACAGCCUUAUUGUUUUUUACCCUCAUCAAUCUACACAAAAUACCCCAUAAUAACAACGUUGUUUUUUACAUUUUUGCAAAUGUAAAAAAUAACAACCCCGGAAAUAUCACAUUUACAUAAGUAUUCAGACCUUUUACUCAGUACUUUGUUGAAGCACCUUUGGCAGCGAUUACAGCCUUGAGUCUUCUUGGGUAUGACGCUACAAGCUUGGCACACCUGUAUUUGGGGAGUUUCUCCAAUUCUUCUCUGCAGAUCCUCUCAAGCUCUGUCAGGUAGGAUGGGGAGCGUCGCUGCACAGCUAUUUUCAGGUCUCUCCAGAGAUGUUCGAUCGGGGUUCAAUUCCGGGCUCUGGCUGGGCCACUCAAGGACAUUCAGAGACUUGUCCCGAAGCCACUCCUGCGUUCUCUUGGCUGUGUGCUUAGGGUCGUUGUCCUGUUGGAAGGUGAACCUUUGCCCAAGUCUGAGGUCCUGAGCGCUCUGGAGCAGGUUUUCAUCAAGGAUCUCUCUGUACUUUGCUCCGUUCAUAUUUCCCUUGAUCCUGACUAGCCUCCCAGUCCCUGCCGCUUUCCUCAAGACGUGACGCUUGGCAUUCAGGCCAAAGAGUGCAAUCUUGGUUUCAUCACACCAGAGAAUCUUGUUUCUCAUGGUCUGAGAGUCUUUAGGUGACUUUUGGCAAACCCCAAGCGGGCUGUCAUGUGCCUUUUUACUGGGGAGUGGCUUCCGUCUGGCCACUCUACCAUAAAGGCCUGAUUGGUAGAGUGCUGCAGAGAUGGUUGUCCUUCUGGAAGGUUCUCCCAUCUCCACAGAGGAACUCCGGAGCUCUGUCAGAGUGACCAUCAGGCUCUAGGAAGAGUCUUGGUAGUUCCAAACUUCUUCCAUUUAAGAAUGUUGGUGGCCACUGUGUUCUUGGGGAUCUUCAAUGCUGCAGAAAUGUUUUGGUACCCUUCCCCAGAUCUGUGCCUCGACACAAUCCUGUCUUGGAGCUCUACGGACAAUUCCUUUGACCUCAUGGCUUGGUUUUUGCUCUGACAUGCACUGUCAACUGUGGGACCUUACAGUGAGGGAAAAAAGUAUUUGAUCCCCUGCUGAUUUUGUACAUUUGCCCACUGACAAAGAAAUGAUCAGUCUAUAAUUUUAAUGGUAGGUUUAUUUGAACAGUUAGAGACAGAAUAACAACAAAAAAAUCCAGAAAAACGCAUGUCAAAAAUGUUAUAAAUUGAUUUGCAUUUUAAUGAGGGAAAUAAGUAUUUGACCCCCUCUCAAUCAGAAAGAUUUCUGGCUCCCAGGUGUCUUUUAUACAGGUAACGAGCUGAGAUUAGGAGCACACUCUUAAAGGGAGUGCCUGUAAUCUCAGCUUGUUACCUGUAUAAAAGACACCUGUCCACAGAAGCAAUCAAUCAAUCAGAUUCCAAACUCUCUACCAUGGCCAACACUAAAGAGCUCUCCAAGGAUGUCAGGGACAAGAUUGUAGACCUACACAAUGCUGGAAUGGGCUACAAGACCAUCGCCAAGCAGCUUGGUGAGAAGGUGACAACAGUUGGUGCGAUUAUUCGCAAAUGGAAGAAACACAAAAGCACUGUCAAUCUCCCUCGGCCUGGGGCUCCAUGCAAGAUCUCACCUCGUGGAGUUGCAAUGAUCAUGAGAACGGUGAGGAAUCAGCCCAGAACUACACGGGAGGAUCUUGUCAAUGAUCUCAAGGCAGCUGGGACCAUAGUCACCAAGAAAACAAUUGGUAACACACUACGCCGUGAAGGACUGAAAUCCUGCAGCGCCCGCAAGGUCCCCCUGUUCAAGAAAGCAGAUAUACAGGCCCGUCUGAAGUUUUCCAAUGAACAUCUGAAUGAUUCAGAGGAGAACUAGGUGAAAGUGUUGUGGUCAGAUGAGACCAAAAUCGAGCUCUUUGGCAUCAACUCAGCUCGCCGUGUUUGGAGGAGGAGGAAUGCUGCCUAUGACCCCAAGAACACCAUCCCCACCGUCAAACAUGGAGGUGGAAACAUUAUGCUUUGGGGGUGUUUUUCUGCUAAGGGAACAGGACAACUUCACUGCAUCAAAGGGACGAUGGACGGGGCCAUGUACCGUCAAAUCUUGGGUAAGAACCUCCUUCCCUCAGCCAGGGCAUUGAAAAUUGUUCGUGGAUGGGUAUUCCACCAUGACAAUGAUCCAAAACACACGGCCAAGGCAACAAAGGAGUGGCUCAAGAAGAAGCACAUUAAGGUCCUGGAGUGGCCUAGCCAGUCUCCAGACCUUAAUCCCAUAGAAAAUCUGUGGAGGGAGCUGAAGGUUUGAGUUGUCAAACGUCAGGCUCGAAACCUUAAUGACUUGGAGAAGAUCUGCAAAGAGGAGUGGGACAAAAUCCCUCCUGAGAUGUGUGCAAACCUGGUGGCCAACUACAAGAAACGUCUGACCUCUGUGUUUGCCAACAAGGGUUUUGCCACCAAGUACUAAGUCAUGUUUUGCAGAGGGGUCAAAUACUUAUUUCCCUCAUUAAAAUUAAAUCAAUUUAUAACAUUUUUGACAUGCGUUUUUCUGGAUUUUGUUGUUGUUAUUCUGUCUCUCACAGUUCAAAUAAACCUACCAUUAAAAAUAUAGACUGAUCAUGUCUUUGUCAGUUGGGCAAACGUACAAAAUCAGCAGGGGAUCAAAUACUUUUUUCCCUCACUGUAUAUAGACAGGUGUGUGCCUUUCCAAAUCAUGUCCAAUCAAUUGAAUUGACCACAGGUGGACUCCAAGUUGUAGAAACAUCUCAAGUAUGAUCAAUGGAAACAGGAUGCACCUGAGCUCAAUGUCGAGUCUCAUAGCAAAGGGUCUGAAUACUUAUGUAAAUAAGGUAUUUCUGUUUUUAUUUGUUAUGCAUUUGCAAAAUAUUCUAAAAACCAGUUAUUCGCUAUGUCAUUAUGGGGUAUUGUGUCGAUGGAUGAGGAAAACAAUUAAUUUAAUACAUUUUAGAAUAAGGCUGUAAUGUGAUUUUUUUUUGGGGAAAAAGUCAAGGGGUCUGAAUACUUUCCGAAUGCACCGUACUUGAGGCACGGUUCGUUCAGAUCAAAUGGUCACAAGACCGGAGAGUGAAGGACAGUGCCUGCUGCGCACCGCACAUCACCCACCUUGAAUCUGAGCGGAGGCAGUCAGUAUUUUGAAACUAUUUAACCAUAAACUUAAUUGUUUAAAACAUGGACAUUUUAUGUCAAUUUAUAAGUAGCCUGGCCAAAAUACGACCAUAGAAAUGUUAAGGGGAUUUUUUAUUAACACUUAAAAUGCCUUUGAAACCAGUUGUUCUAUUGGUUUUCAAAUCAACAUUAUUUUAUUGUCCAGCUGCCAAAGGCAUAAUCCUAGUCAUAUCAGUAAUCCUUACUAGUUGAUGCAUCUUUAGAUCACCCCUUUCUUAUUUCUAACGGAUAUCUUCAUCUCUGUCACAUGAAACUCCUCACGCGUGCGGUGUGCUUUUGAGAACAGUGUUUUCCCGCUAAUUGCAUUUUGGAACAUACGUAAAUAGCCUAUAGCCAUGUGCGCAUUGUUGUGCUUAUAAUAUGAAGAAGUAAAACUUUAUCAAUAUUUUAAGCUAAACGGUCUGUUCGGUUGCAUCAGCCUCAUUGCUUUAAAAAAAAAUUGCAAUGUGCAGUGGUUGUAUGAAUUUUGGAUCUGUCGUCCCAGAGUCUGUUUUGGACCGUAGACAUGUACAAAAGUAUUUGGUUGUAAUUGUAAGGUUGCAAUAUUUUAUAGGCUACCAAGGGUGGCCAACCAUCCUCCAGGAGAGCCUUAAAGGGGCAGUGUUGUAUUUUGAGACAGGCUUGAAUAUGCAAAGGCAGAAUGUAGCCAAAAUGUGUGUCUGAUUCUCUAUGGUAAAAAAGAUAGUAAUGCAUUUUAAUUAGUAAAGUGGUGCCUUGCAUCAUACAAUGAUGUAAAAAUUGUGUUACAGACCAUUUUUCUAUUUUUGGACAUGUGACUUGAGCUUUUGGACAAGUAAAAAAUCUGUGCUACUUGUCCGAAGGAUAAGUGGUAAAAAAAAAAAGCUAAUGUCAAGCCCUGAUUUGAACGGAUGUUCUGUACAUAUUCAGAGCCCUGCUCUCGUUCUCGUUUCUCUUAACCUCCCUCUUCCAUCUCUCUCUCUCUAUCCCUAUCUUUCUCUCCUGCAGAUGAACUGUGUGUGGACAUGGAGGAUGAACCAGAGGAGAAGGAGGAGUGGGCCAAGCCCCUGGCCCAGCUGUGGCAGAGCAGACCUUACAACCCCCAGGCGGAGAGGGAAUACAACAAACUCAUGGGCCUGCAGGCCCCCUACUGCUCCAUCUGCCUGCUUUUCCACACAUAUGACCAGGUAAGAGAACUCCACUGUCUUGCUUCAACUACAGUUCAGCUGUUGUUCAUAGGCACCCAAACAAGGUUUUUAUUUGACUGAUAACGCAAAACAUAAUAAUGAGGUCCAAAACAUUUUAGUUUUUACAAUUUUGAUUCACUGAAACCAUUCAGCCAACAAGUCCAGGUCAGCACAAUAACAUUCAUAUAAACGACUAUUUAACGCUACUAAUACGUGUACCUUUCCCUCCUAUCCAGUCGGAGUCAAGCGGCAACCCCAGCUACAUUCUAAAAGGCCGGCGCGGGGGCAGACAGAGGUCCAAGCCCCUGAUCCCGGAGAUGUGUUUCAGCACCACCAAUGACAAGACGAACAACAGCAGCAGCAGCGAGGGCGAGGGACAACUUUCCACCCCUCACCUGGAGGAGGACGGCACCAGCCUGCUGGUCUGCUGCUCCCAGUGCUGCGUCCGCGUCCACGCCAGUGAGUAACCCAGCUUCAUUCACUAUCACUAUGUUUACAGCCUGUUAGAUUGAGCAUGUAUUUCAUUAGUAAUUACAUUUACAUUUACAUUUUAGUCAUUUAGCAGACGCUCUUAUCCAGAGCGACUUACAGUUAGUGAAUACAUGUUUUUUUUUUAUACUGGCCCCCCGUGGGAAACGAACCCACAACCCUGGCGUUACAAACGCCAUGCUCUAUCAACUGAGCUACAUCCCCGCCGGCCAUUCCCUCCCCUACCCUGGAUGACGCUGGGCCAAUUGUGCGCCGCCCAUGAGUCUCCCGGUCGCGGCCGGCUGCGACAGAGCCUGGAUUCGAACCAGGAUCUCUAGUGGCACAGUUAGCACUGCGAUGCAGUGCCUUAGACCACUGCGCCACUCAGGAGUCUGCUAAUUGAUUGUAGUGUUGUAGGCUACGCUUUCAAUGAAUUCUAGUUAAUUUACACCAGUUGUUAGACAGCACGUUUCCAUUGAUAAUCAAUGAUUUGCUCUUGCUGAAUCCCAGUUCAUUCACAUCAGCAGUCCGUUUCACACUACUGUUUAGUAUGGUAUGCCGUUUGGGUCUUUGCGUGUCAAAUAACACUGUGGAAAAUCACCUCCCCAGUCAGCCUAUUGUGCGUCAUUGACAUUCAUAUUGCACUGUACAGCCUUGUCUAAGGAUUGGGUUGACUGGUACAAUAAAUGUGGCUCAUUUCACAGUGGUUUCAGAGUCCCGCAAUAAGAGCUACGAUGCUAAUGUUCUGUAGGUGUCACAGAGUAGACUGUCAUUGAUCCACAAUCCAUAGGUAAGGCUGUACAGUGAAAUACGUAUGCCUCCAAUUCAAUUCUAAAGUCUAAAUCCACAGUGUGAUUCCAACAGAUUUUUGUCAAAUUAACAAAUUGUCUUUUGUUGAAUUUAUAUAACAUUCCAACCUUGUUUAGCAUAAUCUAUUCCAUUUAUGGCAUGAUUCCACUAUUUGUAUUCAUUUGCAUCAACUUUCAAUGAGACUUUUAUUUUGAAGGCGAACCGCAAAUUCCACUAUUGUGGCUAAUCCUUAUUGUGGCUAGCUUCACAUUGGUGGGUCCGACCAUCAUUAAUCAAAUAAGAACUGUUUUAUAAAUUAGGGGUAUUUUUAAAUGAUGAUACCUAGCUAGAUAGUUAGCUAGCUAACUAUAGCUACUGAAACAGAUUGUCGUUUUGCUCUGUUUUUGGGGAAGAACAUUGUUUGCAUCCAUCAGCUAGCUACCUUUUUUUUAAUGACCGACACUGUCCCAGGGCUUGGCGAAGUGUGUCUGCGCUCGUGCGGGAUUGGCAGGUGCGCUAGACAACUUUGCCAGCAUCGUAGCAUACAUAUCGGUGAAUCGCUGUGACACAUGAAAUAUGAGUGAUAGUGUAAUCAAUGUGUAAUAACUACGUAGAAAUGAAUGUGACUACAUUCAAUUGUUAUGUGACUUGCAGUUAUAUUCAGGUCCUGAUUGGUCAACAAGCUUAUUUGACUCGUCAAAUAGUGUUAUUUGACGUAUAUCUUUCUUGACAUGAAAAGACCCAAACGGCGUUCCAUAGUUUAGAGGACAGUUCAUGUUUAUUGUGUUCAAUAUGUUUAAUGUAAUCAAUGAAAUGCUCUCAAGGAAAAAACAGUUAAUUCCAGAGUUGAGAAUUGACAAUUACUCACAAGCGUUCCAGAAUCUACAUAAUCAAUUAUUAAACAAUAACAUGUGACAAACCACCACUUUUAAAUAGAAAAAUGGCCUCAAUGUUUUUCCUGUCCCUCUCAGGUUGCUAUGGAGUGUCUGCAGACCAAGUGUCAGAUGAGUGGAUGUGUGCCCGCUGUGAGGCCAACGCUUUAACUGAGGUCAGUAGUACUGAAAUCAAGUACAUCUGAAACCAUAUCCUACUUUAUGCACUAGCUCCAUACUGUAACAUGCAGGGCUCCUUUGCGAAAGAGACCUUGAUAAAAUAAAGGUCAAAUAAAUACUAACAAUGAGGUGGGAUAGGAGAGAUGUCAUUGCUAAGCUCAUAUGCAUGAAACUCCUUCAUAGAUUCUAAGAACUAGACCUAAGCUAAUUGAAGAAAGAAAGCUGACAUCAAAAAAGUAUAGGAUCAAAUCACAUUUAUUUUAGGGUUCUCCCCAGGAGUUUUAUUACAUAGUGGCGCAGCCAGUCCACAAGGUGGCGCAGCACCCCUCUUACAUUCCUUGGGGAGAACCCUGAAUUUAACCUCAUUAAAUUUGCUGACCCAAUAUUGGAUAGUGAAAGUCCUAUCCUGUACUGGGUCUUGCACGCCAAGUAAUGAAUCUUAGUUUGGAUGUGUGGUUCUUGAUUAUUGGACUAUUUAGUGAAAUGUAUUUCUGCCUCAGAAUACAAGUACUUGUCAAGCUGUGAAAUAUGUCUGUUUUGGAUUAAGUCCCAACUUGUUAUAACCCAGUUUAGCUGCUAGAGGGCAGUGUUGUUUAAGAGAGAAGUAAUGUACAUUCUGGCUUUUGUCUCUACAUUUACAUUUACAUUUUAGUCAUUUAGCAGACGCUCUUAUCCAGAGCGACUUACAGUUAGUGAAUACAUAUUUUUUUUUAUACUGGCCCCCCGUGGGAAUCGAACCCACAACCCUGGCGUUGCAAACGCCAUGCUCUAUCAACUGAGCUACAUCCCUGCCGGCCAUUCCCUCCCCUACCCUGGACGACGCUGGGCCAAUUGUGCGCCGCCCAUGAGUCUCCCGGUCGCGGCCGGCUGCGACAGAGCCUGGAUUCGAACCAGGAUUUCUAGUGACACAGUUAGCACUGCGAUGCAGUGCCUUAGACCACUGCGCCACUCAGGAGACUCUCCGUGGGACCCAAUGUAUUGAGCAAAGCCAGGAGCAGAAUCGCUGAUUUUAGUCACAUGAGUAAUUAUUUGGAAUGUAAGGUGAUUUCUAGAUCAGUGAUUUUUGCGCAGUCCUGACUGCAAGUUAUCAAUUUCAAACCCGCACAAAUGACAGAAAGUUGAGACGCAGCUCUCACUUAUGUUCAAGUGCUUGUUUCUGGCCACCCCAGAGUUAGCUUCCUAGGUCCAUAAAAGUCCCCCAUUACAAGAUAAUGGAAAACCCACUGCCAGGCAGCACAGCAAGGACUGUAAAUAGCAGUACUCUGGCCAGCUUUGUUUGCAAAAGGGUAUUGCCAUAGACAAUGUGGAGAAAUGUUUCAAAUAAAAAGAGUACAUUCUGGUAAUGACUUGAAGGAAUUUAAGUCGGUAAAUAACUCAUUUGCUCCACGUUGCAUUAAAUGGGGAUGUUUUAAUUAAGCCCAAUCUUAGUACUGUAAAUACUAAGCAAAGGACUGUAAAAUAAAGUGAAACCAAAAUGUGAUGUUAAACACAAGGUCAGAGGUCAUCUGUGUGUGUGUCUCUCCCUCAGGACUGCUGCCUGUGUUCACUGCGAGGGGGAGCUCUACAGAGAGCCAACAACGACAAGUGAGUAGUGCAGCGAUUUCAGGAGCUACCCAUUUAAUGGAAGGCUUCCAGGCUAAAUGUACAGUGAGGGGAAAAAAGUAUUUGAUCCCCUGCUGAUUUUGUACAUUUGCCCACUGACAAAGAAAUUAUCAGUCUAUUAUUUUAAUGGUAGGUUUAUUUGAACAGUGAGAGACAGAAUAACAACAAAAAAAUCAAGAAAAACGCAUGUCAAAAAUGUAAUAAAUUGAUUUGCAUUUUAAUGAGGGAAAUAAGUAUUUGACCCCCUCUCAAUCAGAAAGAUUUCUGGCUCCCAGGUGUCUUUUAUACAGGUAACGAGCUGAGAUUAGGAGCACACUCUUAAAGGGAGUGCUCCUAAUCUCAGCUUGUUACCUGUAUAAAAGACACCUGUCCACAGAAGCAAUCAAUCAAUCAGAUUCCAAACUCUCCACCAUGGCCAAGACCAAAGAGCUCUCCAAGGAUGUCCGGGACAAGAUUGUAGACCUACACAAGGAUGGAAUGUGCUACAAGACCAUCGCCAAGCAGCUUGGUGAGAAGGUGACAAUAGUUGGUGCGAUUAUUCGCAAAUGGAAGAAACACAAAAUAACUGUCAAUCUCCCUCGGCCUGGGGCUCCAUGCAAGAUCUCACCUCGUGGAUCUGCAAUGAUCAUGAGAACGGUGAGGAAUCAGCCCAGAACUACACGGGAGGAUCUUGUCAAUGAUCUCAAGGCAGCUGGGACCAUAGUCACCAAGAAAACAAUUGGUAACACACUACGCCGUGAAGGACUGAAAUCCUGCAGCGCCCGCAAGGUGCCCCUGCUCAAGAAAGCACAUAUACAGACCCGUCAGAAGUUUGCCAAUGAACAUCUGAAUAAUUCAGAGGAGAACUGUGUGAAAGUGUUGUGGUCAGAUGAGACCAAAAUCGAGCUCUUUGGCAUCAACUCAACUCGCCGUGUUUGGAGGAGGAGGAAUGCUGCCUAUGACCCCAAGAACACCAUGCCCACCGUCAAACAUGGAGGUGGAAACAUUAUGCUUUGGGGGUGUUUUUCUGCUAAGGGGACAGGACAACUUCACCGCAUCAAAGGGACGAUGGAUGGGGCCAUGUACCGUCAAAUCUUGGGUGAGAACCUCCUUCCCUCAGCCAGGGCAUUGAAAAUGGGUCGUGGAUGGGUAUUCCAGCAUGACAAUGAACCAAAAAACACGGCCAAGGCCACAAAGGAGUGGCUCAAGAAGAAGCACAUUAAGGUCCUGGAGUGGCCUAGCCAGUUUCCAGACCUUAAUCCCAUAGAAAAUCUGUGGAGGGAGCUGAAGGUUUGAAUUGCCAAACGUCAGCCUCAAAACCUUAAUGACUUGGAGAAUAUCUGCAAAGAGGAGUGGGACAAAAUCCCUCCUGAGAUGUGUGCAAACCUGGUGGCCAACUACAAGAAAUGUCUGACCUCUGUGAUUGCCAACAAGGGUUUUGCCACCAAGUACUAAGUCAUGUUUUGCAGAGGGGUCAAAUACAUAUUUCCCUCAUUAAAAUGCAAAUCUAUUUAUAACAUUUUUGACAUGCAUUUUUCUGGAUUUUGUUGUUGUUAUUCUGUCUCUCACUGUUCAAAUAAACCUACCAUUGAAAUUAUAGACUGAUCAUUUCUUUGUCAGUGGGCAAACGUACAAAAUCAGCAGGGGAUCAAAUACUUUUUUCCCUCACUGUAUGUAGUUACACACAACGCUACAACCACUCUUGUCUGUAGCCAGUAGACUCACUUUACUCUACUCGCUGAAUCUAGGACACUUCAGUAAAGGUAAAAGGCAGGGAAUGCCUGUAGACCAAGCUAGCUUUCUCCUCUGUCUAGUCAAGUUUCUGUAAUGGCUUGUGACAGUGAGAAGCCUGUGCUAGUGUACAACAAGACCUUUGAUAUUUAUGAGGGAGAUGUUCUCUAUACUGUAGCAUUACAAGAUCUAAUAUGAACCUAUUUUUGUCUAGGCUACAUGUGAUGCAAACAUUUUUUGUAUUUAUACAAAUAAAUGUUUAAUAUAGCCUAGCCAUAUUGUUAGUUAUUAAUAAUGUUACUAUGUUGUCAUUUCCUUGAAUGGUGGAAUGAAGGCACAGUAAAAUUCCUCAGUGUAUACUCUCCCCUGCUGUGUCACACACAUACUGUGUUUGAUGUGCUGUCCUAUUUGUUUGUUUCCUGUGACACAGGUGGGUGCAUGUGCUGUGUGCGCUCGCGGUCCUGGAGGCGCGCUUCGUGAACAUCACCCACCGCAAUCCUGUAGACCUUAGCUACAUCCCCCUGGCCAGGUUCCAACUGGUGAGCUACCAUUCCACCACAUUCACAGUCAGGACCAAAACAUGAUCUAGGUUACUUCUAUGUGACUUAGAUGUGUAUCAACUUCCUGUCAUUUCAGUUUCAUGGUUGAGUCACUUGACACAGUUUCUUUUUUUUUCCAACUGUUGAGAGAUACAGAAUUCAAGUUUCCUAUAGACUUUUACUCUGUCUUGUGAGCUUAGGGCUACUUGUUUUCCUUAUUAUGAGCAUUGUACACUCUGUUCUUUCUGUUCUUUUCCAGUAUUCUUCAUUAGCCCAGCACCUAUGUUUUUAAGGAUGUGCAUAUGACCACAAACUUCACAUUGUGCACUCUUCCAUUUUUCAUAAAAAAAUUAUGCUUCCACCAUUUGUUGGUGGGUCAGUCUCUUUCAUGGCUUUCACUUCUCACUCUGGUCCAGACCCCUUCUGCAUGGUUCCUUUAUUUGUCCAUGUUGAUCUACAGUGAGGAAGUGGAGUCUAUGUAUUUGAGUCUUAGGUCUUUUCUCAAUUGGAUUUGCUCAACUCCUGCGUCCUCUCUCGCCUCCUUUUGAAAAAGGUCAAAGGUAAUCGAGGAGAGGCGGCGAGGAGAGGGAACUUGAUUGAAAAUACGCUUGUGUGAAAUGACUCUCCUACUCCACUCACGCAUCAUCAGGCAAAUUGUUUUUAAAUGUGGUAGAUUUCUGUGGAGGACUCUGGUAGGAUUCACAUGAGUAUCCUCAAUGAAAGGUGGCUAUCGAGGAGGUCACUCUUCCGUUUGCCUACUAACUAAUUGACAUCUCUUUGACCACUUAUCGGUUUCCGGCUCACAGAGGGCGGAGGACAGACUGGGAAGGACAGAAAAUGUGGCACCUGGGAGCUUGAAACAGAAAGGGAACAUUGUAAUUUUCUCAAUGCCCUUGUCUCCUUCCACCUCCCCUCUGUUUUUUCCCCACCCUCCUCUCACUCCUCUCUUUCUAAUCCUCCACUGCUGCUCCUCUUCUUCCUCACCUUCCCUCCUUAUUUUCCUUUCCCUGUUCUUUGUCACUACUUCUCCCCUCUCCUCCCUUUUCAUCUCUUUUUCAACGCCCGCUGCUCCUUCUCUCACUCCCCCUCUCUCCUCCAUCUCCCUCCUCCCUAUCCACCAUCUUUCUCCCCCGCCCACCCGCAGAAGUGUUUCUACUGUAAGCGGCGGGUGAAGAGGGACGUGGGCUGUUGUGUGCAGUGUUCCCAUGGCCGCUGCACCACCGCCUUCCACCCCACCUGCGCCCAGGCCGCUGGCCAGCUCAUGCAGCCCGACGACUGGCCGUUCAUCGUCCACGUCACCUGCUACAGGCACAAGUCGCUCGUCCUGCCAGAGGUAGCUAUUACAGGGGAGGGGUUCAUGUAGUGCAAACAUGAUAAUACACUUUUGGGGAAGCAUUGCAUUACAUAUUUCUAGAGGGUUAUAUAAGAGUUUUCUGCCUCUUUUUUCCUCCCCAAAUAGCAAAUAUUAUCACAGCAAUGAUUCCUACACGUAGGUUUACCUCUGCAUAUUGAGUUUGUUGCCAUUUUCUAUUGCCUCCACCAUCAAGUGCCUUCAGAAAGGAUUCACAGCCCUCGACUUUUUCCACAUUUUGUUGUUACAGCCUGAAUUUAAAAUGGAUUCAAUUGAUAAUUUGUCACUGACCUACACACAAUACCCAGUUAUGUAAAAGUGGAAUGAUAAAAAAAAAAAUUGAGUCAAUAAGUGUUCAACUCCUUUGUUAUCAACCCUAAAUAAGUUCAGGAGUCAAAAUGUCCUUAACAAGUCACAUAAUAAGUUGCAUGGACUACAAUUAUCAGUAAGGUCCAUCAGUCGAGCAGUGAAUUUCAAACACUGAUUCAACCACAAAGACCAGGGAGGUUUUCCAAUGCCUCGCAAAGAAGGGAACCUACUGGUGGAUGGGUAAAAACAAUAAAUAAAGCAGACAUUGAAUGUCCCUUUGAGCAUGGUGAAUUUAUUAAUUACACUGGAUGGUGUAUCAAUACACCCAAUCACUAUAAAGAUACAGGCAUUCUUCCUAACUCAGUUGCCGGAGAGGAAGGAAACCACUCAGGGAUUUCACCAUGAGGCCAAUGGUGACUUUCAAACAAUUACAGAGUUGAAUGGCUGUGAUAGGAGAAAACUGAGGAUGGGUCAACAACAUUGUAGUUACUGCACAAUACUAACCUAAAUGACGGUGAAAAGAAGGAAGCCAGUACAGAAUAAACAUUUUCCAAAACAUGCAACAUGUUUACUAAAGUAACACAGGAAAGACAUUUGUCCUGAAUACAAAGCUUUAUGAUUGGGGAAAAUCCAACACAACACCUCACGGAGUACCACUCUUCAUAUUUUCAAGCAUGGUGGUGGCUGCAUCAUGUUAUGGGUAUGCUUGUCAUUGGCUAGGACUAGGUUUUUGGGGGGGAUAAAAAUUAACUGAAUAUAGCUAAGCACAGGCAAAAUGCUAGAUGGAAAAUCUGGUUCAGUCUGCUUUCCAACAGACACUGGGAGACAAAUUCACAUUUCAGCAGGACAAUAACCUAAAACACAAGGCCAAAUAUACACUGGAAUUUCUUACCAAGACUACAUUGAAUAUUCCUGAGUGGCCUGGUUACCAUUUUGGCUUAAAUUGGCUUGAAAAUCUAUUGCAAGACUUGGAAAUGGCUGUCUAGCAAUGAUCAACAACCAACUUGACAGAGCUUGAAUAAUUUUAAAAAGAAUAAUGUGCAAAUAUUGUACAAUACAGGUGUGCAAAGCUCUUAGAGACUUACCCAGAAAGACUCACCGCUUUAAUCAAUGCCAAAAGUGAUUCUAACAUCCUAUGACUCUGGGGCGUGAAGACGUACACUACCGUUCAAAAGUUUGGGGUCACUUAGAAAUGUCCUUGUUUUUGAAAGAAAAGCCUUUUUUUUUGUCCAUUAAAAUAACAUCAAAUUGAUCAGAAAUACAGUGUAGACAUUGUUAAUGUUGUAAAUGGCUAUUGUAGCUGGAAAUGGCUGAUGUUUUUUUUUUUAUGGAGUAUCUACAUAGGCAUACAGAGGCCCAUUAUCAGCAACCAUCAGUCCUGUGUUCCAAUGGCACGUUGUGUUUGCUAAUCCAAGUUUAUCAUUUUAAAAGGCAAAUGGAUCAUUAGAAAACCCUUUUGCAAUUAUGUUAGCACAGCAGAAAACUGUUGUGCUGAUUUAAAGAAGCAAUAAAACUGGCCUUCUUGAGACUAGUUGAGUAUCUGGAGCAUCAGCAAUUGUGGGUUCGAUUACAGGCUCAAAAUGGCCAGAAACAAAGAACUUUCUUCUGAAACUCGUCAGUCUAUUCUUGUUCUGAGAAAUGAAGGCUAUUUCAUGCGAGAAAUUGACAAGAAACUGAAGAUCUCGUACAACGCUGUGUACUACUCCCUUCACAGAGCAGUGCAAAGUGGCUCUAACCAGAAUAUAAAGAAGAGUGGGAGGCCCCGGUGCACAACUGAGCAAGAGUACAUUAGUGUCUAGUUUGAGAAACAGACGCCUCACAGGUCCUCAACUGACAGCUUCAUGAAAUAGUACCCGCAAAACACCAGUCUCAACGUCAACAGUGAAGAGGCGACUCCGGGAUGCUGACCUUCUAGGCAGAGUUGCAAAGAAAAAGCCAUAUCUCAGACUGGCCAAUAAAAAGAAAAGAUUAAGAUGGGCAGUCUGACAUAUGGCUUUUUCUUUGCUACUCUGCUUAGAAGGUCAGCAUCCCGGAGUCGCCUCUUCACUGUUGACGUUGAGACUGGUGUUUUGCGGGAACUAUUUAAUGAAGCUGCUAUUGGAACACAGGACUGAUGGUUGGUGAUAAUGGGCCUCUGUACGCCUAUGUAGAUAUUCCAUAACAUUAACAAUGUCUACACUGUAUCUGAUCAAUUUGAUGUUAUUUUAAUGGACAAAAAAACGAGGACAUUUCUAAGUGACCCCAAACUUUUGAACGGCAGUGUAUGUAAAUUAAAUAUUUCAGUAUUUCAUUUUCAAUAAAUGUGAAAACAUUUCUAAAAACAUGUUUUCACUUGGUUAUGGGGUAUUGUGUGUAGAUGGGUGAGGAAAAUAAUUCCAUUUUGAAUUCAGGCUGUAACACAACAAAAUGUGGAAUAAGUCCAGGGGUAUGAAUACUUUCUGAAUACACUGUAUGUUGUUUGCACAGCAGACAAUACCUGCGUCUUAGUUUUCAGGUUGAAAGCCAGUUUGAAGCCAGAUUAGACUAAACAAGUCAAAACACGCUUCCCUAAUGAAAUACCCAUUUAAAUGUUGCGCAAAAACAACAACCUCCAAACCAGAGACCAUGUGGCCAUAUAGGAACAUGACGUCCCAUCCCCCACAGUGAGACCUAGAAUGCCUGCAUGCAGGUACAGACACUUUGACAAGAUGAAAGAAUUAUGUGACUCUUGGAUCCUGUGUUACACACUUAUUUUAUGUCAGCCACCUAAUGUGAAGUGUUGUAACGAGCAUUGCGUGAGCGAGUCAGAACAAUUUUCAGAGACAAUCGGUGGCACACACACACCUGGUCUACAGUUUCUUUUGUGUGGGUUAGCCUGUCAUUCAUUCUCAGCUCGGGUCGAUUUCUAGGGUUUGUUUACAGUCAUGUAGCCUAGGCCAUCGGUUUAAUCAUCUAUGUCCAUUCAGCUGAGUGCUGUAACACAACACUUCAAUUCAGUACAACUUUAUUUAUCCCCUCGGGCCAUUACUAAAGAUCUGCUGGUUGUCUCUGUGACUUUGGCUGCUCUGAUUUAGUCAGUGCAGCGGGCAGCACACUCAACCUUUUCCCCCCCUAAAGUGCUGAAGGCUUUUGUCGAAGCUCAGCCUCAGUGCUUUAAUUCGCUAAUUGGGUAAGAUUUGAUUGUUGUAAAAGAAGACACAGGACUGAUGUUCAAUGAAAUGCAAAUGAAUGUUCUCUGAAUGUGUUGUCUGGAUUUUAAUACCUUUGUUGAGUUACCUUAAAAAGAUGUCUAACGUGAAGAGAGAAUUUCACCUCUACUGAAAUUACUUUUACCUUCACAUGUAUUUAUUCUUGCCAAAUGUCUUAAUCUUUAAGUGGAAAUAAAUGGUGUUAUCUUUAUGGUCAUCUGUUUAUGGUGCUAUAUUGAAUGGUGUGAUAAUUGUAAAAAAUAUAUAUGGCUGCAAGAUUUUUUUCUAAACAGAGUUCACUGAUGGCUUAUGCAUUUUCUCGUUUUUUUUUUAAAAUAUUUUAGCUGAAUUAACUUUAAAAGCAGAGCUAUAUAUUUUGUAAAUAAUAUAAUUUAAAUAUAUGACUCAGUUUUAAAAGGAGAAGCUGUUAGACGUUAACAAAACAGAUGCUUUUACGAGGCCACCUUCAAAUGUAUUUACGCUUGCCAGAUGUCAUAUUUGUUUAUUGGAAAUAUACAAUGUGUCUUCUCUUCAUGGUCAUCCAUUUAUGGUGCUAGGGAAAGGGGAUACCUAGUCAGUUGCACAACUGAAUGUGUCUUCUGCAUUUAACCCAAUCCCUCUGAAUCAGAAAGCUGCGGGGGGGGGGGGGGGGGGGGGUGCUGCCGCCUUAAUCCACGUCAUCGGCGCCGGGGGAGCAGUUUUUGUUGGGGAUUAACAGCCUUGCUAUUUGGAGUGGUGUGUGAUUAUUGUCCUCUUAUCUCCUAGCGCAAUAAAGCGGUCAUGCGAGAGCUGGAGGUGGGCCAGAAUGUUAUUUGUAAGCACAAAAAUGGCCGCUACUACCAGUGUGAAGUGCUGGAGCUGACCAUCGCCACUUUCUACGAGGUCGUCUUCGACGACGGCUCCUACAGCGACAACCUCUUCCCAGAGGACAUUGAGGUGAGGAAGCAUCACCUGUAUCAUUGGUUGCUUGCAUCAUAAAAUGCUAUCUGGAGGUGUUGACAAAGAGCAGAAGACACAUUUUUCGUUGUUCGCUGUAACAUGGACCGUAAAGUUCAAUUGUAUUAAAUACAAAUAUAGAGAUAUACUCUUAACAAGCUGCAAUCGCCAUGGCAACAAAUGCAAAAAAGUUUAUACUGUAACUUUACCUUUCUAAAUGUCAUUGUAGUACAAUGAGGAGCCCUAAUUUAGCAGUGCCAAUAGAUCAAUCUGUUUUUAUCAGUGCAAGCCGUGGGCUACUGUGGUAUGGCAGAAACAGUGGUAGUAUUGGUCAUAGAAAUUGACCAAUCCUAGAAAGUGGAAACAAAUCAAUCCAAUUGGGCUGUUGGCUAUAUUGACAUGCUUUAAUGGUCCAGAUGGGUAUACUACAAAACAGGAUCAAUGAGUUAGCCAGCUAUCUUGCUGAAAUGUACUGAAAUAUAUUUUUGAAAUGGGCAUGGUCUCAUUGACUCAACUAAAACGCGUAUCUAUGUUUAGCUUUUCUUAACAAACCAGAAAAUCAAUAGUUAUCUGGUUGUUCAGCAAAGUUAGCUAGCUAACUCAUUGAUCCUGCUUUUUAGUAUUACCCCUCUGGUGUAUUUAACCAUAUGACCUAUGCGAUGAGCCUGUCUAUGGUUUGGUUUCAGAACCGGGACUGCGUGAAGCUGGGCCCGCCAACAGUUGGUGACGUAGUGCAGGUGCGCUGGACCGACAACCUGCUUUACGGGGCCAAGUUUGUCGCGUCGCACUCCAUCCCUAUGUACCAGGUAAUAGGGACCACAGUAACUUCCUCGCCCCAACCACGUUGUAGUGGGUUGAGGUUUUAUAGGGAAAGCGUGGGUGGGUUUGUGUAAUUAGGUUAGCAAGUACAGCUGUUCUAAAACACAUCAAACACGGUUGUGGUCCACAUUUUUCAAGGUCUAUACCAGGGCUCUACAACCCUGUUGCUGUAGAACUACCGUCCUGUAGGUUUUCACUCCAACCCUAAUCUAGCGCACCUGAUUCUAAUAAUUAGCUGGUUGAUAAGAUGAAUCAGGUUAGUUACAACUGGGGUUGGAGCAAAAACCUACAGGAGGGUAGCUCUCCAGGAACAGGGUUGGAGAGCCCUGCUCUACUGAUUUGCUUAUAAAUGAAACAUUUUGUUUAUUCUUGCUACUCUUUUCACGUACUAAUUCACAUAUUUUACAUGCACUUCAUUCAGCACACAUAAAACAUUUUUUAAAAUUGUUGUGCGAUGUCAUUGUUUUGUGUGCUGACUCAGAUGGAGUUUGAGGACGGAUCGUCGCUGUCUGCCAAGAGGGAAGAAGUCUACAGUCUAGAUGAGGAACUGCCCAAACGAGUCAAGUCCCGAAUGGUGAGACGCGCCUCUUCCUAUGUUCCUUUAUAGGAACUGAUUUAUAUCAGAUUAGGUCAUAUGAAAUGAGAUCACAUAUCAAUUUAUCAAAGGAAUAUUGGAUUCGGUCCAUGUUUAUAAUACCCAUCUAUGUAAAUGUAUUUCUAAAAUUCUAUUUAUGAUACGUUGAUACUAUCUUUAAUGGCGCCACCUUAACUCAUAGCUAACCGGUCGCUAAUGUACUCAUGGCCUGUCUCUCACUCCUUCAGUCCAAGGCGUCAGACAUGCGCUUCGACGGGAUCUUCACAGAGAAGGAGGUCAAGCAGGGCUCCAAGAGACAGCGAGUCAUCAACUCCCGUUACAGAGAGGACUACAUCGAGCCUCUCAUAUACAGAGCUAUCAUGGAAUAACCCUCCUCUUUCUCGACUUCCUUAUAAACUCACCACACACCCAGAGGGGGGGGGGCAUCUCUGGGCACCCACAGCCUGGACAGGUGGCUCCAACCCUGGGUACUAUUAGGAACAAACUCUCUCUUCCAUGUCCCUUGGGCAUUUUUGUAAACCACGGCUGGGACUUUAAGGGAGUUUCUGCUCUUUAUGAAAUCCCCUCUCUUAUUUCUGUGAAUGGUAUCUUCUUCCUCUUUUGCGAACUGCCCAUUAAACUGGAACAGCAGAUUUAUUUUCCCCGUUCGAUGAUGACCUGCUCAACUCUAUGA